CCUUCACAGCUUCCUGUUAUGGGAGGAGCUUUCAUGGACUCACCCAAUGAGGACUUUAGUACCGAAUACUCCUUGUUUAACUCAUCGGCCAAUGUCCAUGCAGCUGCUUCAAUGCAGAACCCACCAGAAGAAACGCCUCGCUCCUCAAAUGAUGCCAUACUAUUAUGGAUUGCGAUCAUAGCAACAAUUGGAAACAUUGUGGUUGUGGGAGUGGUAUAUGCCUUCACAUUCUAAGAAGAUUGGAGACCCGAAUACUGCAGGAGUGGACAGCUACAACAGUAUUUCUCGUGUGUGUGUGUCUGUAUAGAUGUCUAUAUAAAUACAGGUAGACAUGUUGUCCAUUUUAAGCACUGGCCCAGCCUUAGAAUUUGAACCUUGGUAGCAAAAAGUUUGGCUACACUUGCAAAUUGUUUGGAGGUGAAAGCUUUACCCAUGAGCAAAGCCAGUAGAUGUCCUCCGUAUAAACUUGAUGUGACAGAUCCGUGUGGGUCCAUUAAAUAUAAAAAGAAAGUGAUGUUUCUAUAGAAAGUGCUUAUUUUCUACUGGUUGAAUUUUCUAUUAGCUUGUGUUUGUGUGCGUUUAAUCUGCUUUUGGGUUGGUAUUUUGAUCACAGCAUUAUAUUAAAUAACUGUACAUCUGAUACUCCCAGAAAAUGUAGUUACCAAGUUUUCCAGGUGCAAUGGAUGGGAGACAUUGGAAGAUUUUAAGGGUCCUUGAAACUGUACAUUAAGCAUAUGUGUAAAUUUUAAACAUGCUAUCAUUCAGCUGUGUUUUAAAGUGUAGAUAUUAUGAGUCUUAAAGCAAUGCAAGCAAGUAGCUGUGUGCCUGGUUUAACUAACGCUCCCUUUUUCAAGUCAGUGAAUAGGGAUGAUGCGUAUCUUGACUGUAAUAGUUCCAGAAGUAUAUAUAAUAGGUAUCACUGCCUGCAGGCAGCCUGUAUUCCAGGGGAUGAAGUACUGGCAAGCAUGUGAAGUGGGAAAGGCAAAAAACUUCAGUUUCCAUUGUACAGCUGGCUAACUGAAACGACACUGAUAGUUCAUUGGAUCUAUCCCUUCUAGAAAAUAAAGAUCUGGGUAGUAAGAUGCCUUUUUCAUUGGUUGUGUUGAAGUCCACAUUUUCUACCAAAGUCAUCUGAUCAAGUAAACAUUAUUUAUAAAUUAAAGCAAAAUCUUAAUUCAGAGAAAUUUUGCAGCCAAAAUAACUGCCAAUGAUCCCCCUUAAGGGGGGAAAACUGCCAUCAGAAGGAUUACUAAAUAGUCCUGUUUUGCUCAUGUGUAGGCUUUCAUAGUGAAUUGGUUUCACAAGUUAAUUAUAGUGGGGAGGCAACAGAAAAAUGGAGAGCAGUAUCUGAAGUGAAAUUGCUGACAAGCUUGACAAAAAUUCAUAUUUAGAUGUUAAUAUAUUCCUAUGGGUAGAUAAUAGCUUUGAGGGGCACAAUGUAAAAUCAAUUGCAGACAGCAUUUUAUACAGGUAUUUAUAUUCAGUGUUCUGUUACUAGAUAAUGUCUUUGUAUUACCUUUUGUGAGUAAUUGUUUGAAGGGCCUUACCCAUCCAGAAUAAUUUGUAGCCUUCCUUGCCUUGGGCAUAUGUAGCUGCAUCUUCAGGCAGAAUUCAAAUGAAUGCUAGUCAUGUCUUGCCUCUUUCUCCUGUUUUAAAAAGAUGCAGGGCCUGAGCAUAGAAAAAUAGCAGCUGAUAAAUAUUAAUAUACAACCUCCACGUAUUGGGUAGUUUUCCAUCUUCUCCCCCCUUUACAGGCAUAGGGAUGGCUGCUUUUUCCCCCCCGUUAUUCUCUGCCACUCAGCUUAAGGCUGAAUUAAAGCUGCCAAAUAUAUGGAGAAUUUUGGCUUAUUUUUCCCUUUGAACCAUUUUCCCCUCCAAAUCAGAAUGCCCUAAGUCAGCAUUUCAGCUUUUGCAUCUAUUUAUUGUUCAAAGUGUUGGCCUUUAAAGCUGCCCUGGUUCUUUUGGCAGCUGGCUUGCUGUCACACCGCUGCAGAGAUCCUCAAUCCAUGAAAUUGCAUGAGAGGAUUCCCAAAGUUGCACUCUAGAGACCAUAAGGUUCUCCGAGAGUGAGGGAGCAGUGGCAUUCCUGUCGUUCAGCGGUGUGGAAGGUGAAUCUGAAUUAGGCUUCGGAGGCUCAAUCUGGCACCUAUAGUAUUUAAGAUGAUGAGCAUCCUAUAAACUCUAUUCUCCCCUUCACAGAGAGAGAGUUUACAAAGGAGGACUUUGGUUAAUGCUCAUGGGAGGUCCAUAAAUGAAGUCCCCAAGUGUUCUAGCUAGAGACAAAGCCAUGAAGUGCCAAAUCUUAUGGCCCAAAUAAAGCCUGGAAUGUAAUGAAAAUAGUGUGACCGUGCAGAAAUGCCUCUGACAGCCCAGGCCUUGUACUUGGGGGCAUGGAGAGAUGUGUAAGCAUAAUCUCUGUGUGUAGGACACCUUCCGUCUUCCCCCCGCCUCCUCCCCUUCAAGGAUCAGCCCAGAGCAAAGUCCUCAACACUCAGUUGGAGUACUAAUGCCAAACCCAUCUAAUUGGGAUUGGGCCAGAUGAAAAGAUUUAGUGUGCCCCGUGUGUCCCUCCUCCACUUUUUUCAUUUUAAAACAAUAAUGCAUGAGAGAAUAGUUUGAUGGCAUGUCCCCCUCAGCUUUCAGAUGUGUCACUAACUUCAUAAUUGCGUUAUUAGUUCCAUGGGAUUGUUCAGUGUUUCAGCGAGGCUCUAUAGAUAUGAUACAUCUUGCAGUAAAACUACUUCAUGGUUGAAAGCAAAACAGUUUCACCAUGAUUAAAAAAUAAAUUGACAUCAUGGUAAUUACCCAAUAGGAUUUUUUUAACUGCUUGAUGACUUUGCCAGUAGAAUGCUUGGCUUAGAUUUAAAAUCCUAAAAAAGUUUAAGUGCAAUUAGCUGCGAGUGUAUGUGUGCAUGUGUGUGUGUUACCUCCUGAAGUACUGGGCCAAAAUGAAAGGGCAUGCGUAGCUAUGAAAAUCAAGUACUCAGGAAUGAACUGAAAAGGACCAAGCUUCUGCUUAUGAAAAUGAGACACUGCCAUGUAGUCAUAUACAAAGAAGUGCCCUAUUUUUAUAUAACUUUGUUAGUAAUUGCAGGCAAGAUGAAAAGGAACCAGUUCCUCACUACACAUAUUUUCAUCAUCAGAAGCUGUCAGGAAAGAAUCUGAUGUAACUUAAUUAAAACAAUUGGCUUGACAGGGUGGCAUGUAAAAUAGAGAAACUUGGCAGCAGGCCCAGUCUCAAGAUUUGACAAGAUCAUAAAUAAAUCCUGUAUUUAAAUAAAUGCAGGUGCCCAUAGCAACUUUAUAGUUAAAUAAGUUGAAUAUUCCAAGGAUUUAAACAUAUUGUUGGUUGAAAAGGCUCUGCAGUGUGUUUUUGUGAAGUGGAUUAGGGAUGGUCUUGGCCUGAGGCUGAGGCUCUUAAAACUCUGCACCUGGACCUGGACAUGUUUGCCUAAAGGCAUUUGAUAACAAACUUAUUGAUGUGAUACCUAAGUAUUAAGACCAAGGUACCUAUCUGAACCUCAGAACUUGGCUCAUUCUCUGUACAUGAGAACAUGGGGAAUUUCAGAUUUAGAUCCAUUGUAACUUGGACCAACUCUAAACCCUCUGACCACUGGAAUUAUUAUAUUUACCUAAAUUAAUGACAACUUCAAAUUUAAGACAAUCCCCCAGUAAUUAGAUUCUAUGUAUGAUCACUUUAUGAAUUUGUUGUACAUUUCUAGGUAUAGAGUCUGACAAACAGAAGGUCAUCUUAAACUCAUCCCUCCCACUGCUACAGUGAACACAGCUGCAGGAGGACAGGUGGCCUCCUUGCCCUCUGCCCCCACACUACU